GCAGCCGAUAAAUAUCCUUGCCUGCAGCUGGAGGUGGAGAGUCAGCGUCAGCUGCAGCAGGUUGUGUGUUCCGCGGGUCCUGCACACGGGGCUUGGCUGGAAGACACGCGGGGAUCCCGGGCAGAUUUACACACGAGGAUGGCUUGUGAAAUCAUGCCGCUGCGAAGCUCACAGGAAGAUGAAAGACCUUUGUCACCUUUCUAUCUGAGUGCUCAUGUGUCCCAAGUCAGCAAUGUUUCAACAACUGGAGAACUCUUAGGAAGAACCAUCAGAUCAGCAGUAGAAGAACGUCUUUUUGAUGUCAACAGCUCUGGAGAUCAAAGUUCAGAGGACUUGGAAGCUGGACCAUCAUCAGCAUCUUCUACACCCACCAGGCAGCAAGGGCUUCAGUUUAAAAAGGAGGAGGAUGCUUGGCAUGGUAGAGACAAGGAACUUAUCAAUAAAGAGAAUAUUCCAUAUGGCUUCAACAACUGUGAUGAGUGUAUUUUGAAUAGCCAGGAAGCAGAAAGGUUCCAGGAUGACACUUGUGAUUAUGUUGGGGAAAGAAGCAAACCCAAGCGUCAGAAGUCGAGUCCCGGGCUCGCAGAGCUCAGUGAAAAUCACGAUGGGCUCCUGAACAUGGAAAGUCUUAGUUCCAUGCAGUCACAUGAAAGACCUGGACCUGAAGCUGUUGAACUGGAGUCUUAUAAGAGCAAAGAAAAUGAAAGACGUUGUAGAGACACUCAGCAUUAUGAGAGCUCCACAAUGAAGAUUCAGGAGCACCCCAGUAUAUCUGACACCAAACAACAGAGGAAUCAAGAUCCUGAUGAUCAGCAGGAGAGCUUUGUCUCUGAAAUGCCACAGUUGGACCUGACAGCAUUGUGCGAUGAGAAGAACUGGGAAGAACCCAUCCCUUGCUGGCAGCAAGAAAAUGUAGACUCUGAUGAAGCCCGCCUUUCCCCUCAGGCUGGGCGCCUGAUUCACCAGCUUCUGGAUGAAGAUAGCGACCCCAUGCUGUCCCCUAGGUUCUAUGCCUAUGGGCAGAGCAGGCAGUACCUGGAUGACACAGAAGUGCCUCCUUCUCCCCCUGACUCCCAUUCUUUCAUGAGGCGGAGAAGUGCCUCCCUGGGGUCCUAUGAUGAUGAGCAAGAGGACUUGACACCUGUGCAGCUCACCAGAAGGAUCCAGACCCUUAAAAAGAAGAUCCGGAAGUUUGAGGACAGGUUUGAAGAGGAGAGGAAGUACAGACCCUCCCACAGUGACAAAGCAGCCAACCCUGAGGUUCUGAAGUGGACAAAUGACUUGGCCAAAUUCCGGAAACAGCUUAAAGAGUCCAAACUGAAGAUGUCUGAAGAGGACCUCACCCCCAGGACACGGCAACGAAGCAACACACUUCCAAAGAGUUUUGGUUCCCAGCUAGAAAAAGAAGAUGAGAAGAAACAUGAACUGGUGGAUAAAGCCAUCAGGCCCAGUGUUGAAGCCACACUGGAAUGUAUACAGAGGAAGCUCCAGGAGAAGCGAGCAGAGUCCAGCCGUCCUGAGGACAUUAAGGAUAUGACCAAGGACCAGAUUGCUAAUGAGAAAGUGGCUCUACAGAAAGCCCUGCUGUACUAUGAAAGCGUCCAUGGACGGCCGGUGACAAAGAAUGAACGUCAGAUUAUGAAGCCUCUAUAUGAUAGGUACCGACUAGUGAAACAGAUCUUGUCCCGGGCCAGCACUGUCCCCAUCAUUGGUUCCCCCUCCAGCAAACGGAGAAGCCCUUUGCUGCAGCCGAUUAUCGAGGGCGAAACUGCUUCCUUCUUCAAAGAGAUCAAGGAACAAGACGAGGGGUCAGAAGAUGACAGCUCCCCAAGGCCAGACUUUCCCGUCACUCUGAAAACAGACUGCAGUGCACAUUGCUUUCUGGACCAACUUGAAGAUGAUGCUGAUGGAUUUAUUUCACCAAUGGAUGACAAAAUACCAUCAAAGUGCAGCCAGGACUCAGGCCUUUCAAACCUCCACUCUGCUUCAAUACCUGAACUCUUGGAAUACCUUCAGGAAAUGAGAGAAGAAAAGAAAAGGAUUCGAAAGAAACUUCAUGAUUUUGAAGACAAUUUUUUUCGACAAAAUGGGAGAAAUGUCCAGAAGGAAGACCGUAUUCCCAUGGCUGAAGAAUACAAUGAAUACAAGCACAUAAAGGCAAAGCUACGACUGCUGGAGGUGCUCAUCAGCAAAAGAGAUGCUGACUCCAAAUCCAUGUGAAUGGCUGGUGGUGCGGACAACAGUUCUCCCAGGAAAGAGCAGCUCUGGGGAGGCAACCUCGGAGCUGUACCCACAAAGCAGUCAAUCUGCCUUUGAGCCAUCAUAUUGGCUCCUGCUUCCAUUGCCUGCCUUAGAAACUACCUGCAUGGAAGAUGCCAGUGUGUCCUGACUUAGGAAUUUUAUAAUGCCAGUGUCAAGACUCCUACAUGUUUCAACGUACACUACAGUAGGAACUUCACUGACAUGAGCAGUGACUAGACACACCACACCAUCAGCCACACCCAUCUGUAGAUAACCCACUGUUUUGUUUUUUUUCCUGACAACCGAGGCCAUUCUAAAACUGUGACAAACACAAGCUCAGGUCUUCCCUCGCAGAGCCCGCUUGUUGUGGAGGUCUGUGCUGUCCCUACCCCACUACAUGGUAACCACGCAUUGGCACACUAUUUGCUGCCUUGGCCAUUUAGCUGUACUUACUCACUCCCAUAAAUCCAUUUCCUCGUUAGCUCUCAGGUAGAUGGAAGCUGCAUCUGCCAGUGGCAGGGUAGUCGUUUUGUUGAUGCCCUCUCUCAGCUGACAGAUUUUAAGUCCCUGCCUCACCUAGUGUAUUCUGAGGACAGAGCGACUACAGAAGUAGCUAUGCAGAUGCUAUUUUUAAAAUCAGGUGACACCUGAAGAGCCUGAAAACUCUUCAAGACACUGACUGCACUUUCCAGUCUCAGAUAUUGAGGCUGAAUACAAAAUGAGGCCAGUGUUUCGAUGAUAACCUGUUUGGGGCUCGAUUUUGUUGUUGCACUAGCCAAACGAAAGGGUCUUGCUUAAUUAUUAGAGUAGGUAUAGAAUGUCAUGGGGCAGAGGGAGUCUGUAUCAGCCUCCUGAACUUACCAGAGCACCAUUUUUCUACGAAAGUAAAUCUGCACUAAAAUCCCUAAAAUGAUGGGUAAGAUGUAGCCCUCAGAGCUCAGCUCACUCUCAAGGCAGAAUCUAGAUCACACCGUUUUCAAAAUGAUACAGCAACAAAAUGGUGUGUGGCCAAUUUUGAUGCUUUUUUUUUUCUUCAAAGACUGUGUCACAAAGCUGUCUAUAUUAGACAUUUUGGAGGGACCAGGGAACUUAAGACACCAGUCAUUCAUCUCUUUUGUGUACCUGCUGUCACUCUGGUGUGUUCUUUCUUUCUAUUUCCCGUGUCUGUCUGAAGAGCACAGGCUUGGCUGUGCAGGCCCCUGUACAAGGUGUAUGACAGCCUUGCUUCUAGAAGACAGCAAGAGGGGUUGGGCAGACAGCAGCGAGACCCUGUUCUGUUUUGAGGGUCAUGUUCCACAGGGUAGUGUUAAUGAGGAGAGUGGAUAAAUGAUAAAACAGGUCUGGGGUUCUCCAGUCAAAUGAUUUUUCAGCACUGCUCUCCUCACUGUAGCUCUGUCAUCAGGAGGCUCUUUCAGUAAUGGGGGUGGGCUGGGUGGGUGAAGAAUUCCUUCAGGUUUGCUUUUACAAGUAAUCACAUAGAAGCAUGAGCUAUGUGUUGGAAAUACUCUUUUUUUGUCUACACACUUAUAGAUGGUACAUAGUCCUACAAAUUUCAAUAUAUACGAAAAUGCAGUUUGAUGUUCUUUGCUCUGCUGUUUACAUUUGCUAUGAUUUCAAGGAGGUAUAGUAUAAAUAAAAUUAUGUAAUGUAGGAUAUUUUCUACUUUCGAAGCCUGAACAUCAAUCAUUCACAUGACCAAAAAUUGUAUUUUUAAAAAGAAAUCCAUAUCUACUCUGUAAUUUUUAAGUCCUUAUUCUCCUAAGUAAACUGUGGAAUAACUCAGAUCAGCACCAGUUAACUUUAAAAGCACAUCUGCUUAAGAGUAGUGUUUUGAAGAAAAAAAAUACACUAGAGAUUUUUUUUAAGCUGCAUACAAAUGAGAAGCUACUAGAUAUUUUGAAAUCCAUUGUUUGUACCAAAGGUAAACGAGCUAAGAUUUAUUCUGGACUCCCCAUUCAGUUUUAUGUGAUCAGGUUACUGCAAAAUAAACCAUGUAUGGAAUAUCA